UAUAGAUCUUUUAUGGGGUGGAGUUUAAUGGCACUUUAUUAGCGUCUUUGACGUGUGAAUUGUCAAAAUGAAAUAAUUUAUUAAUUGAAGUUUAUCAUCCGAGAUUAUUGAGUUAGUUAUUCACCAUAUCAGAUUACAUCGUAAGGUUAAAUAAUAAUCCAAAGUUAUAAGCUUCAGUACAUGUUUUUAUAACUUUUCAAUUUUUACUUUGCACAUAUAACUUUAAUAAUUUAAUUCAAACGAAUAUCAAUAUUAUAUAUUGGAUAUUUAUUUAUUUUUUUGCUUCGUUAAACAGUGUUAAUUUAUAAACAAAUUCAAAAUGACGACCGACAAGGUAACGUUAAGUGAUGCAUUAUCCAAUGUCGACGUUCUAGAUGAAUUUACACUGCCUGAUGAGCAACCUUGUAUUGAAGCACAACCUUGUUCUGUUGUAUAUCAAGCGAAUUUUGAUACUAAUUUUGAAGAUCGUAAUGGUUUUGUAACCGGAAUUGCUAAAUAUAUUGAAGAAGCAACCGUUCAUGCAAGUUUAAAUGAAUUGUUAGAAGAAGGUUUGGAGCAUGCAGUGAUGCUUUAUACAUGGCGUUGCUGUUCUCGAGCAAUUCCUCAGCCUAAAUCAAAUGAACAACCAAAUCGUGUCGAAAUUUAUGAAAAAACUGUCGAAGUUUUGGCACCAGAAGUGAAUAAACUGUUAAAUUUUAUGUAUUUUCAACGAAAGGCUAUUGAAAGAUUUUCUGGUGAAGUUAAAAGACUUUGUCAUCAUGAAAAACGAAAAGACUUUGUAUCAGAGGCUUAUUUAUUGACUCUUGGUAAAUUCAUUAAUAUGUUUGCUGUAUUAGAUGAAUUAAAAAAUAUGAAGUCAAGUGUUAAAAAUGACUAUUCAACUUAUAGAAGAGCAGCACAAUUCCUAAAAGUCAUGUCAGAUUCUCAGACUCUUCAAGAAUCACAAAAUCUAUCAAUGUUUUUAGCAACACAAAAUAAAAUAAGAGACACAGUAAAAGAAAAUUUAGAAAAAAUUCCAGGCUAUGAAGAAUUACUAGCAGAUGUAGUUAAUAUUUGUGUUCACAUGUAUGAAACGAAAAUGUAUUUAACUCCAAAUGAAAAGCACAUGCUAGUAAAAGUGAUGGGAUUUGGUUUAUUUCUAAUGGAUAGUGAAUUAUGCAAUAUAAAUAAAUUAGAUCAAAAGAAGAAAUUAAAAUUAGAUAGAAUAGACCGAAUAUUUAAAAAUUUGGAAGUUGUACCAUUAUUUGGUGAUAUGCAAAUUGCACCAUUUAAUUAUAUAAAACGAUCCAAGCAUUUUGAAGCCUCAAAAUGGCCUUUAUCAUCAUCAAUAAACUCUAUGAGUCCUCAAGCAGAUUUAAUGGUUCAUUUGCCGCAAAUCAGAGAAGACCAUGUAAAAUACAUCAGUGAAUUAGCUAAAUAUAGUAACGAAGUUACUACAACUUACAAAGAAUGUGGAUCUGAUACUGAAAAUCAUGACACUGCUGAACUAGCACUGCGAGGACUACAAUUAUUAUCACAGUGGACAAGUGUUGUUACAGAGUUAUACAGCUGGAAGCUUUUACAUCCAACUGAUCAUCAUAUGAAUAAAGAGUGUCCUCUAGAAGCUGAAGAAUAUGAAAGAGCAACACGUUACAAUUAUACAGAAGAAGAGAAGUUUGCAUUAAUUGAAGUAAUAGCAAUGAUUAAAGGUUUACAAGUAUUGAUGGCGCGAAUGGAAACUGUAUUUAUUGAUGCAAUUCGAAGGAAUAUUUAUGCUGAACUUCAAGAUUUUGUUCAAUUAAUUCUUAGAGAACCUUUAAGAAAAGCUAUUAAAAAUAAAAAGGAUUUAAUUCGUAGUAUUAUUAUAUCUGUAAGAGAAACUUGUGCAGAUUGGCAUUUCGGUGUUGAACCAUCGAGUGAUCCUGCACUAAAAGGCAAGAAAGAUCCUGAUAAUGGAUUUGGAAUUAAAGUUCCCCGAAGAAAUGUAGGACCUUCUUCAACACAACUUUAUAUGGUUCGUACAAUGUUAGAAUCUUUGAUUGCCGAUAAAAGUGGUGGAAAAAGAACUUUAAGAAAAGAUAUCGAUGGCCAGUAUUUAAUCCAAAUUGAUCAAUUUCAUAAAACAAGCUUUUAUUGGAGCUAUUUAUUAAAUUUUAGUGAAUCACUACAAAAUUGUUGUGAUCUUUCUCAACUAUGGUAUCGUGAAUUUUAUCUAGAAAUGACAAUGGGACGAAAAAUACAAAAAUGUCAAGUUAGACAUCAACAUAAUGAAGAAUGCAGUGAUUUAAUUACAAUGGAGAAAAGAAUCCAAUUUCCAAUUGAAAUGUCUAUGCCUUGGAUUUUAACUGAUCAUAUUUUGAAAAGUAAAGAACCUUCUAUGAUGGAAUACGUUCUUUAUCCUUUGGACUUGUACAAUGAUAGUGCUCUUUAUGCUCUAACAAUUUUUAGAAAACAAUUUUUAUAUGAUGAAGUGGAAGCAGAAGUUAAUUUGUGCUUUGAUCAAUUUGUUUAUAAACUGAGUGAACAAAUAUUCGCUCAUUAUAAACAAUUAGCAGCCAGCAUUUUAUUAGAUAAACGAUUUCGUGUUGAAUGUGUGGCAUUAGGUGCUUACUUAUUGCCUUAUCCACGUGCUAAUCGUUAUGAAACUUUAUUGAAGCAACGUCAUGUACAGCUUUUAGGCCGCAGUAUUGAUUUAAAUAAAUUGAUAACACAACGAAUUAAUGCAGAUAUGCAAAAAUCAUUAGAAUUAGCAAUAAGUAAAUUUGAAUCUGGCGAUAUUACAGGAAUAGUAGAGCUAGAAGGAUUGUUACAAGUAAAUCGUCUAACUCAUAAACUAUUAAGUAAAUGGUUAGCUUUAGAUGAAUAUGAUGCAAUGUUUCGUGAAGCUAAUCACAAUGUAUUAGCACCAUAUGGUCGAAUUACACUUCACGUUUUUUGGGAAUUAAAUUAUGACUUUUUGCCAAAUUAUUGCUAUAAUGCAGCAACGAAUCGAUUUGUAAAAUGUCGUAGACUGCAAUUUGUACAGCCAGUACAUCGAGACAAACCACCACAAAUGUCUCAUCACUAUUUAUGGGGAAGUAAACAAUUGAAUUUAGCAUAUAGCACUCAAUAUGGACAGUACACAGGAUUCGUUGGGCCUUGUCAUUUUCGAACAAUGUGUAAACUACUCGGAUAUCAAGGGAUUGCAGUGGUGAUGGAAGAAUUACUAAAAAUUGUGAAAUCUCUAAUUCAAGGAAGUUUGCUGCAAUUUACAAAAACUUUGAUGGAAGCCAUGCCAAAAGUUUGUAAAUUACCAAGAUAUGAUUACGGCUCUCCUGGAGUCUUAGGAUAUUAUCAUGCACAAUUAAACGAUAUUGUACAAUAUCCAGAUGCUAAAACAGAAUUAUUUCAUAAUUUUCGAGAAUUCGGCAAUACCAUACUAUUUUGUUUAUUAAUGGAACAAGCAUUAUCACAAGAAGAAGUUUGUGAUUUGCUUCAUGCAGCGCCUUUCCAAAAUAUCUUACCUAGACCACAUUGUAAAGAGGGAGAAAAACCAGAGACCAAGCAAAAAAGAUUAGAAGCUAAAUAUUCUGCAUUGCAAAUUGUUCCAAAUGUUGACAAACUUGGCACUGCGAAGCAAGCGAUGAUAGCAAGAGAAGGAGAUUUAUUAACAAGAGAACGUUUAUGCUGCGGUUUAUCAAUAUUUGAAGUAGUUUUGAAUCGGUUGAAGAGCUUUUUAGAUGAUCCAAUAUGGAUUGGACCACCUCCAGCAAAUGGAGUAAUGAAUAUUGAUGAAUGUACAGAAUUCCAUAGAUUAUGGAGUGCUUUACAGUUUGUGUAUUGCAUACCCGUUGGAGAAACGGAGUUUACAGUCGAAGAGUUGUUCGGUGAAGGCUUGCAUUGGGCUGGAUGUGCUAUGAUCGUUUUAUUAGGACAGCAAAGAAGAUUCGAAGCUUUAGAUUUUUGUUAUCAUAUUCUACGAGUACAAAGGGUUGAUGGAAAAGAUGAAAAUGUUAAAGGCAUUCAUUUGAAAAGAAUGGUCGAUCGUAUUAGACGUUUUCAAGUCUUAAACUCACAAAUUUUUGCUAUUUUAAAUAAGUAUUUAAAAAGUGGUGAUACUGAUUCAACAAGUGUAGAACAUGUUCGCUGCUUUCCACCACCAAUUCAUCCAUCCAUUGCUCAUACUCAACAGCAUUACCAUGCUCCUGAAUAUAUACGACAAUUGAAUAAUCCAUAGCCUUUAAUAAAUACUCUUAAAGAGAAGUUAAAACAACUGAAUAUAAAUAAAAAUUAAAGCAAUCAGACGAUUGAAUUCAGAGCAUUGCCAAUCUACUAUAUUGAAGACAUCAACAGAAAAAAAUAAAAUCAAAAAUUUAAAAAAUCAUUAGUACUCAUUAGUAAUGAUAAUAAUAAUAACAAAACUAAUAAUCAUCGUCAUGAUAAUAAUCAUAAAAUAUAAAAAUUCAAGUCCAAAAUCAAUCUACUUAGUCUAUAAGUGUAGUUUUUGCAUAAAUAAUUUACUAGUAAUUUUUUUAUAAACAUAAAAAUAUUCCAGAAAAAUAAAACAAUAAAGAAUCUAGUUAUUAAGAUUUGUAAAUAAUCAGUUAAUAUAGUAAAUAUCAAGUUAAUCAACUAUUUAGUAAAUUAAUAAUUAAUAAUAUCAAUGUCUUAAUCAAUAACAAAUUUUUUUAUAUUGUAUUUUAUUUUAUAAAUCUACAAAAUUUUUAUCAAACAAUGUCUUAUCUGUAUCUCGCUUUAACAAUGCUUUUUCCAUAUUCGUAGGUAAUGAAAUACCUAUUAGUUUAGAAACCAUACUUUUUUUUGGUAAACCAGCAUCACAUCUAGUUUUUUGUUUCUUCCUUUUACACUUAAUCGAAUUAUCUGUUGCAUUUUUUGGGUCUUCAUUUUGCUCUUGAAAGUUGUCACGAUGACAAGUUUUUAAGUGAAAAAUUAAUGACCGUUUUAUUCCAAACUUCUUUUUACACAAGUCACAUUCGUAUUUUUUUUCACCUUCAUGUUUAGUUUUUAUAUGAUGUGUUAAAUUUGAUUGAUAAUAAUAAACCCUGUGACAUUGAUCAUAAGGGCAAGGUAUUAAUAUUGUAUUAUUAUCACGGUUGUGUGCAGAAAGUCUUAAUCGUAAUUUUUUUUCACGUUCUUCAUUAAGAUCUGUAUCAAUAAAAAUAAUAUUAAAAUAAUGUACUGACAAUUGAA